AUGGAUCGUAUAGAAGUAACAAAUAUUCAGUGCCCUAGUGGCUUAAAAAUUGAUUCCGGGUUCGCAAUCGUUCCGGUGUUGUUUUGGAACAAAGAGCUAGUUAUUAGAUUCGAAAAUAAAGAGUGCAGAGUUUAUGGAUUAUCAGACAUACUGCCCGGCAAAAAUAACACAAUCAUGUUAUCAAAAAGUGAUUCCGAUCAUUUAAAUUUAUGUUGGGAAGACGAAAUUCUCACAAUUGAAUCGGUCAUAUAUAUAGAUAGUAGUAGUUUAAGUAGUAAUAAUGACGAUGUAGACAUGCUUGAUGAUACAGUUGAAGAUAAAAAAAACGAAAAAUUCCCGGCCUACUAUAAAUAUGUUACCAAUAUAGAUUUAGUUGGAAAAAUUGUAAAUAACAUUGAAAAUGAUACGCUACCGGUUGAUAAUUUCGAAGAUAUUGAUAAUUUCACCAUUUCAUUGCCACAAUACAUAACCGGACAAAAAUAUCCGCCACCAAGGCCAAAACAUCAAAUAUUUCCGGAUAAUUUCACGCAAGAGAAAUUGUCAGAAAUUUCAAAAAUGUUAAGAAAUUUGCCGGCAUACUUUUCCAUUGAUAACAUCCUUCAUUCUAUCGAUAAAAAUAAAAUCACGAUAUUAAUUGGUGGUACCGGCUGUGGAAAGACGAUACUAGUUCCACAUGCAUUACUCGAAAAAAUGAAUCAACAAAGAAAAGCCGGUUUAAUAUUAAUUGGUGAGCCAAAAAGAAUUUCCGCACAAAAAGCUGCCCAAACACUCUCAAAUAACUAUGCUGGUGGUUUCGUUAUUGGUUCACAUAUACACAAAGAAAACGCGACCACAGAUCGGACCAAUUUAGUAUUUCUAACGUCUGGAGUAUUGAUUUUGAUACUUAAGUCAUUAGUAGCCAGCCAAAAACGUGUUCCCAUCUCACAUAUAGUUAUAGACGAAGCGCACGAAGGAAACAUCGAUUCCGAUUCGUGUAUAUUAAUUUUAACGAAUAUUUUAAGACAUUACCCGGAAAUUAAAUUAGUUGUUAUGUCGGCAACACUAAAUACCGAAAAAUUUCAUUCAUACUUCAUAAAAUAUGGCUACACGCCAAAUAUUAUUAAUAUUCCCGGUCAAGCUCAAAAAUUGACAAUACAAUAUGCAUCGCCAUCAUCAUCUCAUCAAAACGAUAAUGAUGAAGAUUCUUCUACAAACGAACAAGAAGAUAUUCUCAUAUUUUUACCGGGCAUGGAUGAAAUAAAUAUGUGCGAAGAACAUAUUAAGGCACACAAGCUAAGUAAAAACUAUUCUUUAGAAAUCCGACGUUUGCAUCAGACGUCAAUUACUCUGCCAAAUUUAAAGUUUGUCAUAGACAGUGGAUACGAAAAAUCCAUAAAAUAUAUUCCAAAGAUUGAUGCAUUUAACGUUCAAUUAAACAUGAUUUCACAAAGCUCGGCCAAUCAGCGAGCUGGCCGUGCUGGUAGAGUAUCAGAUGGUCUAGUUUAUCGUGCAUAUACCGAAGAACGGUAUAAUGCUAUGUGCGAACAUAAAAUCCCGGAAAAUCAAAGUUUGUUAUCUUACUGCCUCAAAGUCAUGGACUUUACCAAGAAGCCGGUUAAUUUUAUAAGCAAUUUAAUAAACCCACCAAAUGCCAACGAAAUUUAUAUGGCAUUAAAACAACUGCACUUGUUGCGAGCGGUGAAUUACACAGAAUCAGAUCAGGAACCUACUCUCACACGUUUGGGUAGAAAAAUAAUUGACAUAAAUGCUGAAGUCCCGGUUGUAAUUUCAUUAAUCUAUGGCAUUGCAUUUAAAUGUAUAGAUCCGGUCAUGUAUACACUAAGCGCACAAAAUGAUUCUUGUAUUUACCAAGAAACCGGUCGAUCGAAAGAAUCGAGAAAAAUUGAAACCUCCAAACAAAUAGCCGGAUUUUUAAACAAUAAAAAUGGUAAAGGUGAAUCAGAUCAUUUCAUUGAUUUGACCAUCUUUCAACAUUGCCUAAAGUACAAUAUAGCCAAAGUCCAUGAACAAAUGCAAAUAAAUUCGGAUCUUUUGAAUAAAAAUCGAUCAUUCUAUGAUGAUCUAAAAAAGUUUCUCAAAUUUCAUUUCUCAAAUGUAAUUGAUAAGGAUAUAAAUAAAAACGCAAAUAACCCGGAUUUAAUUAGAUUUUGCAUUGCGGCCGGUCUACGACAUAAAAUUGCAUACAGAGACGAAAAUGAUGGAAAAUGGUUUGAUUACAAAACCAAUCAAAAACUUAACAUUAAUUUAAAGUCUUCUGUUCAAGAAAAUACCGGUAAUUUUUAUUGUUAUGAACGAAAAAAUGUACGACAAAAUGCAUCAGAAUCAUAUUUUUACGCACAAAAUAUCACGAAAUUAUCGCCGGCCAUAAUUAGUCUUCUUAAUAUUCCAAUAAUUGAUAUGGAUGAAGAAUUAAAAGUAUAUUUUAACCGUAUAACUGUGAAAAUUGAAAAUAUCAUUGAAAAAACGAUCCGCAAUUUACGAUUUGAUGUUUCUGACAACAAUUUUAUCACUUCAGUGGUGGAAUUUUUGGCACAUUCUCCUACAUUAAUAGAAAUACCAACUAGCAAAAUUUACGAAGUGACUAUUGCCAUUCAUGAUAUUUGGCAUAUGGGAGAAAAACCAUUAAAUGCCGAAUUCAAAGAUAUAAUCCGGGAAAUUUUUAGUGAGUUUGAAAUCAUACACACGUAUGUACAAACUCUGGAGCCACACCAAGGCUAUAUAGUUGUGCCAAGCACAACAAAUUUCAAUAAAAUUUUUGAAUUAGAUACACUACCCGGCAAAAAUGAAAAUAAAUUAACACUUGGAUUUGGCUAUUGUAGAAAUGUUAAUUUUAUAAAUUCCCAAAAUCCGAAAUUUUGGAAUGAACAAUUGUUUGCCAGACAUUAUCCGGAAAUUUCUUUACCAACCAAAUGA